CAGCCUCCAGCCGGGCUGUCUCUCCUCAGCCCCCGCUCCAGCCCGGGCAGCCCUUCAAGUUCUCGGUGCUGGAGAUCUGCGACCGCAUCAAGGAGGAAUUCCAGUUCCUGCAGGCGCAGUACCACAGCCUGAAGCUGGAAUGCGAGAAGCUGGUGAGCGAGAAGACGGAGAUGCAGAGACAUUAUGUCAUGUACUACGAGAUGUCCUACGGCCUGAACAUCGAAAUGCACAAGCAGGCAGAGAUUGUCAAGAGACUGAGUGCCAUUUGUGCCCAGAUUAUUCCCUUCCUGACGCAGGAGCACCAGCAGCAGGUCCUGCAGGCAGUGGAACGGGCCAAGCAGGUGACCAUGGGGGAGCUCAACAGCAUCGUCGGGCAGCAGCUUCAGCACCUCUCCCACCACGCAUCCCCCCUCCCGCUGGCACCCCACCCCUCCAGCAUGCAGCCCUCUAGCCUGAGUGGGGCCAGCGGCACCGCGGGGCUCCUGGCCCUCUCGGGGGCACUGAUGGCACAGGCUCAGCUGGCCACCAAGGAGGACAGAGUGGCCCAGGAUGGGGAGAACAGAGAACACACCCCAAGCCGGAGCAUUUCUUCUUCCCCUCCCGAGAGCCUGCAGGACGAGGAGCGGACGGGGCUGAAGCGCAAGCGGGAGGAGAAGGAGCUGCCUGGGCAUUCUGACAGUGAUGGGGACAAGAGUGACUACAACCUGGUGGUGGACGAGGACCCUCCCUCGGAGGCCGGCAGCCCUGGCCACUCACCCGGCCCCCGGCCGGCUGCACCGCGCCGGGAGCUGCCCGAGAGCCCCGCGUCCAUCGGCUCCAGCGGGAGCACCGCACCCCUCCAGCCCAAGGAGCAGAACCCGACCGACUCUGUGGCCAGCGCUCCCACCUCCAAGCCCUCCUCUUCCUCACCACCCCGUGACUCCCUCACGCCUGGCCCUGGGCCCAGCUCGGCUGUCCCGCUCCGGCCACCCCCGGCCAAGGCCCCCAGCACCGACACCGUCACUCUCCGCAGCCCCCUGAGCUCCUCCAGCCCCUACACGUCCUCCCUGGGGCUGCCCCACGCCGCCCUCAGCGGGGAGCUCCCGGCCCCCGGCCUCUACAUGGGCAUCCACCUCUCACCCCAGGUCAGCAGCGCGGUGCUCUACGGCCGCUCCCCCAUGGUGGCGUUUGAGUCACACCCUCACCUGAGGGCUUCUGCCCUCUCCUCUUCGCUCUCCACCAUCGCUGGAGGGAAGCCUGCCUACUCCUUCCACGUCAGCGCCGAUGGGCAGAUGCAGCCGGUGCCUUUCCCCCCCGACGCCCUCAUCGGCUCCGGCAUCCCCCGGCACGCGCGGCAGCUGCACACCCUGAGCCACGGCGAGGUGGUCUGUGCCGUCACCAUCAGCAACUCCACACGACACGUCUACACCGGGGGCAAGGGCUGUGUCAAGGUGUGGGACGUGGGGCAGCCGGGCACCAAGACGGCCGUGGCUCAGCUGGACUGCCUGAACCGUGACAACUACAUCCGUUCCUGCAAGCUGCUCCCCGACGGCCGCAGCCUGAUCGUGGGGGGGGAGGCCAGCACCCUGUCCAUCUGGGACCUGGCAGCCCCCACACCCCGCAUCAAGGCUGAGCUCACCUCCUCUGCCCCCGCCUGCUACGCCCUGGCCAUCAGCCCUGAUGCCAAAGUCUGCUUCUCCUGCUGCAGCGACGGCAACAUCGUGGUGUGGGACCUGCAGAACCAGACACUGGUCAGGCAGUUUCAAGGCCACACGGACGGUGCCAGCUGCAUUGACAUCUCCAACGAUGGCACCAAACUCUGGACAGGGGGGCUGGACAACACCGUGCGCUGCUGGGACCUGCGGGAGGGGCGGCAGCUGCAGCAGCACGACUUCAGCUCCCAGAUCUUCUCCCUGGGCUACUGCCCGAUGGGAGAGUGGCUGGCAGUGGGGAUGGAGAGCAGCAACGUGGAGAUCCUGCACGUCACCAAACCCGACAAGUACCAGCUGCACCUCCACGAGAGCUGUGUCCUCUCUCUCAAAUUCGCCUCCUGCGGGAAGUGGUUCGUGAGCACGGGGAAGGACAACCUGCUCAACGCCUGGCGGACACCCUACGGAGCCAGCAUCUUCCAGUCAAAGGAAACCUCCUCCGUCCUCAGCUGCGACAUCUCCACGGACGACCAGUUCAUCGUCACCGGCUCAGGGGACAAGAAAGCGACAGUUUACGAGAUCAUUUACUGAGCCCGAGAGGUGCCAACUGCGGGACAGGCAGGUGUCCACGUGGAUGGACAGGUGGACUCUACCUGCCCUGCUGCUGACUUCCCAAAGAACGUGCAGCCAGUGGCUGCGGCAUCCCAGCUGGAGGAGAGCGGAGAGGGGUGGAGGUGACCCUGGGGCUGCGGCCAGGCAUGGUGCAGGCUGCUGCUCGGGGUGGAUUUCCUGGGGACUUUCUCCUUGUUUUGUUCUUUGUGGGUUUCUUUCUAAAUCUAGACUGUGGGAGUUGGAGAAGCGGGGGGAGGUCUGGCAUUGUUAGGGGUUUUGUUUGGGUGCUUUUUUUAUUUUUGUUUUUAACUUUUUGUUGUGGGGUUUUUAUUUGUUUAAGGCUCUGGGUCUGCCAGGGUGGAUGGGCUCUGGCCCCACUUCCCUCUGUGCCUCCCAGGGUGUAUUUAAUAAUAAAAACAAACCAAAAAAAAAGGCAGCUGUGCCUUGUCCUGGGCAGUACCCUCGAUGCUCCGUGGGGGCGGGAUGGAACCAGGUGAGAAGGGGUAAGACCAUGGCAGGACCUUUGUCCCUUUUAGUCACAACUUGCUGCUCCUUUCCCAUGCUGAGGUGG